AUGUUCGAUACGGAUAAAUUUAUAAUUUGCAUUCAAGAAAAGCCGGCCCUUUGGGAUAAAAGUGCAAAAGAAUAUAGUGAUAAGAAUGCAAGAGAAAAAGCGUGGAUAGAAGUUGGCGAAAAUUUUUAUCAAGAGUGGGCGGAAUUGGAUGUUAAUGAGCGGGAAGAAAAAGUAGAAAAACGUAGGACAUCAGGCAAUAUCGAAACCACGGAUAGCAGCGAAACCCAAGGACCAUCAGGAAAUACUGUUGAUGAGGAAGAGGACCAUCAGGUGCAACCACCGUCAACCAGUUCUGGUAGCGGAUUGCAAACACCAUCACGAUCUGCAUCUCGUCAGCGACAAAAUGAGCGAUUUACACCGUUUCAAAGUGCUCUAUUACAAAAAUUAGACUUGACAAAUACCGACCAAGGCGAUGAAGAUCCAGAUAAAAUAUAUAUUCUGUCACUUUUAUCUGAUUAUAAAAAAUUAAAUGACGAUGAAAAAAUGGAUUUUAAAUUUCUGACGCUGGACUUCUUUAGAAAUGCACAACGCAGGCGAAGCUCGCACUAUUCUGGAUUUAACACAUCCAUGCAAAAUGUUCCACCAUCAACUCAAUCAUCGAUGUAUGUUUUUUCGCAACCGGGAUCCAGAUCGACUGAUUUUUCUUAUCAAUUGCCGCCGUCAUCAUAUCCCAUUCAAGGGUCAUAUCCAACGCCAUCGCCAAAUUCUAUGCAACCACCAUCACCCAUGCAUCAAUCGUCACCAUCGCCGUCAUUUGGUCAAAUGCAAAGACCUCCACCAAUACCAACACCAUCGCCAACUUCCAUGCAGCCACCGUCGCCCAUGCAUCAAUCGUCGCCAUCACCGUCACUUCUCCCAAUGCAAAGUCCACAUCCAAUACCAUCGCCAUCGCCGACUUCAAUGCAACCACCAUCGCCCAUGCAUCGAUCGUCGCCAUCACCGUCACUUCUUCCACUGCAACGUCCAAACCCAAUGACAACACCAUCACCAACUUCAGUGCAGUCACAGCCAGCAAGAGAAACAACACAACAUUCUUUUCAUGAAGAAUCUUCAGAAUCCUCGACUUCCAUGGACUUUUAUUACCAUCAUUAA